AAUAAAACGAAGAAAACGAAAAGUUAAAUUAACCAUGUAUAUCAGUAUAUAACAAACAUAAUAUAGGUACGGGCGGUCGUCUCCUAAGGUUUCCUAGGCAGUUUUCUCCGGCGGUGAGCCUUCACUCUUCCGGUGUUUCAAGACAGAGCAAGGCUCCUUGUUGGUAAUUGGCAGGAGCUCUUCCCAACGUUCGUCUCCAGAGGUUAUCUACGGCACUCAAUCCGGCGUGCAGCAGGGUGAUCCGUCUUCACCGGGCUGAGCGGCUUGCACCCAGUUUCCCUAAGCUUUGUGAGGCUUCUUUGGGAUUGACGUAUUCCUGCGUCGGUAAGGAAGGCGGAUCGUCAUGAGGAGGGCCGAAGAUUCGGGAUCGGGAAAUCUCAAGGCUGGUUGCGGUGAUCAUAUCCUACGGGCGAACCAGGUUCAGGGAUCGAGUGGAAGGCCUUGCUUGGUGUGGCAUAAAGAAUUCCUGAUUCAGGAGUUGGAGAAAGAAGAAGAGAUGAGGAUCCGUCCCCCUCCCGAACCGCCGCCAUGGAGGAACUUUGCGACUAGGGUUUGGAAGACUAUAUCUAUUUCUGUUUUAGAUUGUUUGUGUUUUUACUUCGAACUACAUGUUGUUUUGUUUGUGUUGCUGUUUCAAUUCGUCAAAAUUCUAGAAUUUAGGACAGGUGAUGAGAAGUCUGAUUUGCCAGUCAUUGACUCAGUUAAGCCCAAUCCAGGAUCAGCGAAUCUGAUUGCUUUUUCGGAGGUGAUAGGUCCUAAGUCUGGUUCAAGACCAGACGACAGACAGUGGGCUUUUUGUCUUUUUGUAACCUGCUUACGUUCUAUUAUUUUAAUAUAAGCCACCUUCUUCCAAAAAAAAGUAUAUAACAUAAUCAACGGACCUGCAAAUUUGUCUAGCCUAUUUAAUAAUUGUUCUUCCUUUAUCUUUGUUCCAAUUUAUUUUUUGUGUCCGC